AUGUUAUUUGGAGGCAAGGCUGCAAGUAAACAGAAUUAUUGUAAAGUUGUAUACUCAUUAAGUUCAUCAUGAACUGUCGAAUAUGAUAGUGCGUCACGAACCUUUGUAAACUAUGAAGUCAAUUAAUAAAAAGAUUCCAGGUAUACUACCUCCACCACCGAAAAACGAAGUAGAUGGAAAAAUAAGUGAUUUGUCAUCCAAAACUAUAACCGAACUUAUUGAAUUACGAGACAGGCAACUGAAACUUUUAAAUAACAAGUCAUUUAUAUCUAAGUUACCGGAUAAAGGUGCUAAGAUCCAAGCAUUUCAUGAUAAAAUUUUAGGUGAAAUUAAGAUUAGGCAAGAUGAGGAAGAGUCUUGUCGAAUGUUAAAUAACUUAACACUGAAUGGUGUCGAUAAGAACACAGUCCAACAAGUAGAAUGGGUCGGCAAAAUUGACACUAGGAAUAGCACCUGCCUCGACUCUGAUGACGACAGUGAACCUGAGGACGUGUUACACAUCCUCAGUCAGAGCACUGCUCAAGAAAAGCAAGUCGUAGUGCUACCGCCCGAAAAACCAUUAAUAACAACAGAAGAUUUGUUAAAAAUAGGUGAACUACCCCAUGUUAAAUACAUUGUUGAGAAAACUGAGAUUAAUCCAAAGCCUAAACCAACUGGUCACUUUAAACCUUACAAAACAACAACAUCUAAUGCGCAUAACCCCGAAAAUGAGUCACAGAGGAAAAAGCACAAGCAUUGGGAGGUAACGGCAGCAACCCCUCCACCCAGCAUACAUGGACCUGCCAAAGUACUGACUAUUGAAGAAUCCUUACAUCUCCAAAAGGAAUAUAACACACAUCUAAAGGAAAUAGAGGCACAACAUGCAGCUGAAAAGUUAUUAGGUCGGAUGGGAAUCAAAAUGGCCGACAUGCCUGUAGAUAGAAGUGAUUUCGGAAAGUAUAGGGAAGCAGACAGUGAUGAUUCUGAUAUCUCUGACCCUGAGGGUAGUGAUAAGGAGGUUCACGAUGAAGAGCCAGAGCGAGGAGGAGUCGUUUUUACUGUAAUGAAAUGAGUUGUGAAUGUAUUAUGGAAGCAUAAAGAAAGAACUGAGAUCUAGCUCAAAGCAUAGUGUUGAUUAUGUAAAAAUGAUAUGUAAUUAAGGAUUAGUAUUAUGUAUUAGAUUAUAAAAGAUGAAAUUAAUGUUUCUAUUUUAAUAAAUAAUUAAAUCAAA